UAUUCAAUAAAGAAAUUGAAUAUAUUUUAAUCGAAAUGGUGAGACAACGUCCUUUAUUAUAGGAUGUAUGCCUACCAGAAUAUCGUCGAACUAAUUUAAAACGAAUGCAUUGGGACCAAAUAGCGGAAGCUCUAGGUCCUAGAUUCACAGAAGAUAUGGUUCACAAACGAUUUCAAAGCACUUUCUAUGCAAACGAACGAAAGAUAAAGGCUACAAAGACUCAUUGCAGUGGGAAAGGAACUGACGAAAUUUACAGACCAAAGUGGGAUUACGAGUAUUAUGAAUUACUCUUAUUUUUAAAGAAAACUUGUGCACAAUCCAACACUAUUGAUAACUUUUCUUUUCAAAAUGAAGUUUCUUAUACUUAGUAAAGAAACAAAUUGUUCACUUAUUUCUCGACCUAGUGAUGUAGAAAAUUCAUCAGUGCACAUAAACAUUCACUAUGAUAAAAACACACAACAAUUCAUGUUAAUUCCAUUUGAUUCAUCUAAACUUGACAAGACAUCACAUUCAAACAAAGAAGCAUCUGAACAUUCCAAAUUACAUGUCUCAUCUAGUCCAAACGAAUCAUUUGGAUCUUCCAAGGUUCGGCAACCCUUAUUAACAAGAAGUAAUACAUCUUCUCAUCUGGAAGAUCUACUCCUUUACCUAGGCUUGCAUCUGCUCCAUUAAAUAUUAAACAGUGUUCUGCUAAGGACCCGAUGUAUGUAAAACGGAGAAAUUAAAAAAGGGAUAACCUUAUGGAAGAGGCACUAGAUAUUGUGAAAAGUAUAGCUCAACAACACUUAUCUCCUCCAAAAAUGGAUAGAUUUGAUAUGUUUAAUGCAUACGUUGCAUCUGGACUUCGGUCAAUGAUUCCUGAAGAUCAAGAAUAUUAUGAAAAGGAGAUUCUAUGAGUACUGAUUGA